UUUUUUCUCCUCGCCACCAAAACGCCCCACGGCCGUACGUCCUCCUCCUCCUGCUCUGCUCCACCUCCUCCGUCCAAGUCGCAGACCCAGCUACCGUCUUGGACGGACCGUACCGACCGAUGCAACGAUGGCCUGCUGGGUGGCGGCCGCCAUGCACCUGCUGCUGCUCUGCAACGCCGCGGCCGCCGCGCGCGCCGCCGUCGCCCUGUUCGCCGCGACUCCGAUGCCCCCGCGCCUGUCCCUCGCGGAGGCCGCCGCCGCCGCCGGCGCAGGCGACUACGACGACGGCGGCACCGGGGACAAGGGGUCCCAGGCCCUCGUGGGGAGCCCCAUCGUGGCCGGCGCCAUGAACAACCGCCUGAGGGCGCUCACCUCCUCCUUCGCCGCCGCCAUCGGCAAGAAGCUGGACUACUGCAUCAAGGACACGGAGACGGAGUGGAAUCAGGCCUUCGAUUUCUCCAAGGACACCACCUUCCUCACCAAUUGCAUGAAGGAGACCAAGGGGGACCUCCAGCAGCGGAUCUGCACGGCCGCCGAGAUGAGGUUCUACUUCGACAGCCUGAUGGGCGGCGACGACACGGCGGAGGCCAACUACGUGAGGCCCAACGUCAACUGCAACCGGUCGUCGUGGAUCGACGGGUGCGAGCCCGGCUGGGCGUGCAGCGCCGGGGCCGACCAGAAGAUCAACCUGCAGGACACCAAGAACAUGCCCUACAGGCCGCUCAAGUGCCAGUCCUGCUGCCCAGGAUUCUUCUGCCCGCAUGGCCUCACCUGCAUGAUCCCUUGCCCUCUGGGUGCCUACUGUCCACGGUCCAGCCUGAAUACCUCCACAGGCAUCUGUGACCCCUACAACUACCAGCCGCCGCCCGGGAACCCUAACCACACCUGCGGAGCCGCCGACAUCUGGGCCGAUGUGGUCACGACAGAUGACAUCUUCUGCCCCGCUGGAUUCUACUGCCCCAGCACUAUACAGAAGCUCCCUUGUAGUAGUGGGUAUUAUUGCAGGAAGGGAUCAACCUCACAGACUAGAUGCUACAAGAAGAGCUCUUGCCCACCAAACUCUGCUACUCAGGACAUCACAAUCUUCGGCGCGCUGCUUGUGGUCGCGUCCUGCUUAGUCCUCCUCAUCAUCUACAACUUCUCCGGCCAAAUCCUGACCAACCGCGAGAAGCGGCAGGCCAAGUCCCGGGAGGCCGCCGCGAGGCACGCGCGGGAGACAGCGCAGGCCCGGGAGAGGUGGAAGUCGGCCAAGGGCGUGGCCAAGAAGGCCGGCGUGGGCCUGCAGUCGCAGCUGUCCCGCACCUUCUCGCGCAAGAAGGGCGGUGGCGGUGGCGGUGGGCAGUCGUCGCAGCUGCAGGCCGGAGCGUCCACAAAGGUAGGUGAUGACGCGGGCGGGAAGAAGCACAGCAACCUCGCCGACAUGGUGCGGUCCAUCGACGACAACCCGGAGAGCGACGAAGGGUUCAACCUGGAGGUAGGGGACAAGGCGCUGAAGAAGCCGACGGGCAAGGAGAUGCACACCCGGAGCCAGAUCUUCAAGUACGCGUACGGCCAGAUCGAGAGGGAGAAGGCGAUGCAGCAGGAGAACCACAACAUGACCUUCUCGGGCGUCAUCUCCAUGGCGCAGGACCACGACGUGAGCACGCGCCUGUCCGUCGAGAUCGCCUUCAAGGACCUGACCCUCACGCUCAAGGGCAGCAAGAAGAAGCUCCUGCGGUCCGUCACGGGGAAGCUCUCGCCCGGGAAGGUGGCGGCCGUCAUGGGCCCGUCCGGCGCCGGGAAGACCACCUUCCUCAGCGCCAUCGCCGGCAAGGCCACAGGGUGCGACACGUCGGGCCUGGUGCUGAUAAACGGCAGGAUCGAGCCGAUCCGAGGGUACAAGAAGAUCAUCGGCUUCGUACCCCAGGACGACAUCGUCCACGGCAACCUGACCGUGGAGGAGAACCUGUGGUUCAACGCGAGGUGCAGGCUGUCGGCGGAGAUGUCGAAAGCCGACAAGGUGCUCGUCGUGGAGAGGGUCAUCGAGUCCCUUGGGCUGCAGCCGGUCCGGGACUCCCUGGUGGGGACGGUGGAGCAGCGCGGCAUCUCCGGCGGGCAGCGGAAGAGGGUCAACGUCGGCCUGGAGAUGGUGAUGGAGCCGUCGGUGCUGAUCCUGGACGAGCCGACGUCUGGACUGGACAGCGCAUCCUCGCUGCUCCUGCUCCGCGCCCUCCGCCGCGAGGCUCUCGAGGGCGUCAACAUCUCCAUGGUGGUCCACCAGCCCAGCUACACACUGUACAGGAUGUUCGACGACCUGAUCCUACUGGCCAAGGGGGGCAUGACGGUGUACCACGGGCCGGUGAAGAAGGUGGAGGAGUACUUCACAGGGCUGGGCAUCGUGGUGCCGGAGCGCGUGAACCCGCCGGACUACUACAUCGACAUCCUGGAGGGCAUCGUGAAGCCGAGCCUGAGCUCGGGAGGCAGCGUCAAGGACCUGCCCAUCAGGUGGAUGGUGCACAACGGCUACGACGUGCCGCGGGACAUGCUGCAGAGCUCGUCGGAAUCGGAGUCCACGUCCAGGGGCGACGCGGGACACGCUCCGGACGAGCCGUCGUCCGUGGUCUCGCUGCUCUGGGGCAACCUCAGGGACAUCCUCGGGCAGAAGAAGGACGAGUACGACUACAACAAGACGUCGGAGGACCUGUCCAAGCGCAAGACUCCAGGCAUACUCAGGCAGUACAGAUACUUCCUAGGAAGGUGCGGCAAGCAGAGGCUCCGUGACGCCAGGAUACAGGGAGUGGACUACCUGAUCCUCUGUCUCGCCGGCAUAUGCCUGGGAACGCUGGCCAAAGUGAGCGACGAGACGUUCGGGGCGCUGGGGUACACCUACACCGUCAUCGCUGUCUCUCUGCUGUGCAAGAUCGGAGCCCUGCGUUCCUUCACGCUGGACAAGAUAAACUACUGGAGGGAGCGAGCCUCCGGGAUGAGCUCGCUGGCCUACUUCCUGUCCAAGGACAGCAUCGACCACUUCAACACGGUGGUGAAGCCCAUCGUCUACCUCUCCAUGUUCUACUUCUUCAACAACCCGCGGUCCUCCAUCUGGGAGAACUACAUCGUCCUCCUCGCGCUCGUCUACUGCGUCACCGGCAUCGGAUACACCUUCGCAGUCUUCUUCCAGCCAGGUUCCGCGCAGCUGUGGUCGGCCUUGCUUCCGGUGGUUUUGACUCUGAUAGCCACUCAGCAGAAGGACACUAUCCUUGCCGACCUGUGCUACACCAAGUGGGCUCUGGAAGCCUUCGUCAUUGCCAACGCUCAGAACUAUUCCGGCGUGUGGCUCAUAACCCGGUGUGGCUCGCUGGUCAGGAGCGGCUACGAUAUCGAGCACGAGGCUCUCUGUAUAGCGGUCCUCAUCGCCAACGGGGUACUCUUCCGCUGUGUAGCCUUCUUCUGCAUGGUCACCUUCCAGAAGAACUGAGAGAGGUCGGUCAAGGAAAACACACCCGUGAUUCCGUGAACUUUCUAUGCCCACGUAGCAGCUCUGUUUUUGUUAAUUUCAGUGCAAUAGGAUUGUAGAUUAGAGCCCCUCUUGGUAAGGUAUGUCAGUAUGUGUAGAUGAGGACAGAUUCUUGAAUAGCAGGCAACUAUCAGGGAUGCCCUAAAUUACAGAGGCGGUUUCUUGCCUAACACCAAUGUAAAUUUGAUAUGCAAAUUCAGUGUAUAUAUGGGUACGACGACUAAUCAUGAAA